AUGAAGAGAGUACCGGGUUCCGUUCUUCCGCAAACACCACCACCACCAUCACCACCACCAUAUCAAACUGGAAUAGGGUUAGGAACCAUCGUUACCAUCUACCUAACCUGCAUUAUCAAUGGGUUCGACGUAAGUAACGUUGCCAACAUCCAACCGCAGCUUUAUGAAGCUUUUGGCCAUAUCGAGUUUCUCCCUUGGAUUGGACUUUCUUACUCUCUUGCAAACUUUGCCACACUGGCGUUUGCUCGUAAGAUCAUCGAUUUCUUCAAUAUCCGUUACGUGUACAUCGUCAGCAUCGUCGUCUUUUUCGUUGGUGCGACUCUAGCGGGCGUAGCGAACAACAUCUCCACGGUCAUCGCUGGCCGAGCGAUCAUGGGGAUUGGAGGUUCUAUUUGUCAAAACUGUGCGAUAUCAUACUUUGCCAUGUAUGCAACGGAUAGUCAAAGUCCUCUUCUAUACGGCAUAAUGAGCGGGUUAUGGGCCAUUGGCCUUGUGGUAGGAGGCCCGGUAGGUAGCGCGUUUGCGGAGGGCUCGACCACGUCUUGGAGGUGGGCUUUCUUCAUCAAUUUACCCUUCUUGGGUCUUGCCAUCAUCUGCUCUCUGAUCUUUGUACCAAGCAGACCGGCUUCUGAUGGUCUUCCUCUGCGAGAUCACCUUGCUGAUACUGACAUCCUUGGGAUUGUCCUCCAAAUUACUACAACUAUCUUAUUCGCUAUCGCCGCCACCUUUUCUGGUCCUGUAUGGGAAUGGAACUCGGCCCCCUGUAUCGCCAUCUGGGCUCUCUUCGCCGUCGUUCUCGCUGCCUGGGGUUUUCAGCAACUUAGAAGCUACCAGAGUCGACCUGGCUAUCAAGUGAUCCCUAUCACAGUCAUGACACAGCGUCACAUGCUACCUCUCUGGGUAGCUUCAGGCUGCGCUGGUGCCACAUACGCCAUCAUGCUUUACUACAUGCCGCUCUUUUAUGCUUUCUCGAAGGGGCUGGGCGCGCUACAGCAAACAGUGCGGCUCUUGCCUUUCAUCCUCACCUUCAUCCUCACCGUGGUCAUCAUCGCUGCUUCUUUACCGAGACUGAAGCAGUACGGUGUAAUCUACCUCGCUGGCGGUGCCAUCACACUCUCAUCGGCAACAGCCCUUGCGACUACGAUCGCGCCGGGCGUCCCUGAAAGCAAGGUCAUGGGCCUCACAGCUCUCGUGGCCGUGGGACUUGGCCUACACUUCCAACACAGCAAUGCCAUCUCCAACAGGAUCAACAAAGAUCUUCGAGAUCGGGUUGAAUGCGCUGCGCUCUUGAACAUGAGCCUCAUGGGAGGUAUAUCCAUGGCACUGAUCAUUGCAGGCGCUAUCUACGAAAAUCGCGGCAUGUCCUUGUUAAAGUCUGCGCUCGGGUCCGUAGACCGUCCUGAAGCAGACCUUCGCGAGGCGCUGGCAGGAGUUUCGCGUGGUACUUUGGGAGGGGGUGAGGCCCAAUUGAUGACUUAUGAUUACUUUUCACUACUUAACCGGCUGGGCCCCGGACGCAACCCAGCUCAGUGUACAUGUGCCUUUCCAACAAGAUUCAAAUCACCGUUCGACUAUCCACGUGAUCAGAUCGCUAUCAUAUCUGUAUAUUAUCAGUUUUAUUUGACAUUCUUCAACUGUAGCCACAAGGCUACCCGCACCAACACGAACAUGGCCCAACCACCCGGAAAUUACCCUCUCAACUUCUUCUAUGAAGACGACUUGCCAUGUCGAAGAAUUGCUGAGAGCCUAGCUUCUUUCCAUGGAGAAGCGAUGAAACGUUCUGAUACGUAUCAUGAUAUGGUACAUGCAGUCUUUCAAUCGGGCAACAUAGACGUUUACAUCCGUGAUCAACUCGAACAUGGUUCACUGCGAGUGAUUUGGUCCUUUGACCCGAGAUCUGGCACAUACCCUACAAGAGUAGACAUAUCUCGCAGAGACAUCGAGGCCCAAGCCUGCAAGGCAUCCAAAGAGGAGUACUCAAAGGUUACUAGGAUGUUAGCCAUCAGUUUCCUUAUCGGCGGCGUUCGCAAAGCCUUUCGAUUUAGUAUGCCGGGGAGCCCAGCGGAUACUGCAGAGCGACACGAGCCCGAAGACGAUAUAGCCGUUACACGCGAGCAUAACUUGAUGUUGCAAGGUGAACCAAACGACAUCACCUUCCUAGACGCUGGAGGAGUAGAUGUAUUGAGGGCUUCGUCCAUGGACGUGAUUAGUCGUAUUUGUCAAGAGAUUCGAGAACACCAUAUACUUUUAUGA